CCAGCGAAAGACUAUUGGCGGACUAUAUUUUCCUGCAAACAGAUUCAACUCAGGAAAAAUAAAAGCUGUGCAGGUAUGAACAACACGACCGAAAUCGCCGGGACAGAUUCGUAUGUCGCCGAACUGAUGCUUAUAGACCGCGUUCCCGUCUGGUGUCGACAUUUCUUGACGACUUUUCUUGCUGUUGCAUUUCUACUUGGCAUACCUGGAAACUGUUUGAUUGUAAAGGUCCACUACAACCUUAAGAAAAGAUCAGUCACAGACUGGAUGGUAUUCUAUUUAGCGGUCUCUGACUUGUGUUCGCUAUCAAUAUGUGCGCCCUCGUUCAUCAUGACAAAUGUUGGCGUAUGGAAUAUGAUCAUGCCUUCCUGGAUGUGCAAAAUCCAUUUCACUACCGCGAACAUGGCGUUCCUCUCUUCGAAUAUCCUGAUCGCAUUUACAGCACUUGCAAGGGUGAGAAAAACUCUAGGAAAAGAAGAUUUGAUAUCAUCAAAACAAGCAUGCUAUUUUGGAAUAGGCAUUAUUAUCGGGUCUCUUUGCUUUUCUUCAAUUGCCUUUAUCCUUACUGGGAACAAUGUUAAUGGUCAUUGCUAUUUUAUACCUGAAAUGAAAAAACUCCAAAUGUACGUUUAUAUCAUAUAUGUUGUCAUAGCGCUUAUAUGCAGUGUUAUAACAUUUGUCAGUUAUGGUAAAAUUGUUGUUUCUCUAAGAAAUUGGAGACGAAUUGGACCAGGUGAGGGAAACGUAAACAACGCCUUUAACAGAAAUUAUCUCCGUUCAGUGCGAAGUAGUAAAAUAAUGGGAGUUGUUUCUUUUGUGUUUGUCAUCUCUGCUGUUAUCCCUGGUACCUCUCUAUCCAUUCUAAUGGGAAUGAAUUUGCAAAUCAAUUUGUACCUUACGAAUAUUCUCAUAUUUUUUUUCUCUAGGAUAUAUUUCAUCAACAAUUUUGCUAACCCUUUAUUAUAUAUCUGUAUGUCCUCAUCUUUCAGGAGAAACAUGUUUUCAUGUACGUGAUAGUCGAAAAACAGCGCGUUAGUUACAUAGUAAAAACGUUACGAUACAUUAUCGAUGAUUUUUUUCAUUGGCAGGUUGCGUGACAGUUCAAUUAUUUCCUCAAUGUUUUAAUGCAACACACAUGAGAACAUUUCAAUGCACUGUUUGUGUCUAAAAAAAGAUGCAUAUAAUGUAUAUACGAAGUUGAUGCAUUAAUAUUAAAAAAUAGGAAUAAGUUUUGGAACUUUACGCUCGAGAACAAAUGUGAUCACAUAGAUUCAAUAACCAACUCAUUGGAUACGUAUAUAUAAGAAGAAUAAGCUUUUAACUGAUUGGACUGUUCGAGAUCAUGGUAAAAACAAUUAAAAGGAUAAAUAGUGUUGUUCUGUAAGUUCUAGGUCAAUCUACUGAAUCGAAUUUGAGUUUAGGGUAAAUACUGAAAUUACAUCACUUCUGACGCAGCACGUAAAUAUUUUGCGAGCUCAGUCGUAAUGACGUUGCAUGUACACGUCUAACAGAUGUUUUCCCAGACCAAUGAAAAAAAGUCGUAAAAAGUCAAUACGUUAAAAUUCAACUGUUCACAAACCCAAUCUCAAAUGAGACGGUGUAAAUAUUAUAAAGAUAUACGGACUGAGUGUUAUAAAUAUUGUUACAAUUAUGUGUUGUUGUUAAUGAAAUGAGUGUACACCGUGGCAUAUAUGGUCAAAGCGUCUAUUUUUGAAAGAGCUGUCUUUGGGGCCUCAUUUUCUAAACGAUUAAUAACAUUUACAUUUCUCAUGUUUCCAUAGCAACCACUGCUUUCGCAUGGGCUUAUCUCGACUGCAUUCGCAGUGUCUGAUUCAGUCAAUCCGAUUGAAAAUACUGAAAUGAAUCGACAAACUUGGUUUGAUUAUGUUACAUAUAUAACGGAACAAAAAUACAUUAAUUUUAUCUAUAAACUUAUGUUUAGGGAUGGAAGCGAAUAUCCGAGUAUCCGGAUAUCCGGAUAUCACGCAAGUAUUCGGAUACCAAAAUGGGUAUUCGAAUAUUCGUUUAGAACUAAAAUUUCAAUGAAAUAGUUUAGCAGAGACAUAGCAAUUGUUAUAAAACUUUUUAGAUGAAAUAAUUCAGGUGAUCAACAGUGUCUGUCGCGAAGCGGGUAUGUGUCACAAAUCGUCUGCUAAAUGGGUGUUUGCACAAGGCGUGAUACUGUGCAGCACCCUGUGAAGUUCUAUGACCUUGUUUACAAUGACAAGUGUUGUUUUAUGAUCUCAGAUGUGCUUAAUUGGCACUAGUUGAUAUUAAACGGAUUGAUCAUUAAUCCGUAGGAAUUGAUCGUCCAAUCACAAGUACACGCAUGUAAAUAACGAAAAAUCACAUCGUCUUUUGUCUUCUUAUCUUUUCCGCAAUUAUAUCCUUCAUUACAAAACAUUGCAUUAAAUCAAACAAUGUAAUGAAAUAAAAUUACAAUAGACUAUCAUAUAAUCAAAGCGUCAUUUAACAUGAACCCUGCUGAUAAAUAACAAACUCGAAAGCACGUGGCAGUAACCAAGCAACCACCUGGGCCGAAGUGACUAUCAAAUUCGCGAGGUGUUUAUGUGGUAUUCAUCAUGAGCUUUAUGACGUAAAAUGAGUUGUUUAGCUUUGAUUAUAACAUUAUAAAUUAUUAAGACUGAGAAAGAAUGAAUGAAAAAGUGAAAUUGCCAUAUGACGAAUUCUAAAUUAAGUGGACAAUUAUGUCAAAUAACAAAAGGUGGGUGACAUAUAAUAGGAAAUUUACUUAUUAUGAAAACGAUUUGAUACGAGUAUCCGGAUAGUAUUCGAAUACUUGAUACGAAUAUCCGGAUACCGAUUUGGUAUCCGGUUUCCAUCCCUACUUAUGUUAGAUAAUAUUGAAAUUCGUCCUUUAAAAAAAAGUGGGCUAAACAAGUAAAAUUGUUCUAAGUUCAUUGGGAUUCUAUUAUAUUUGGUUAUAUUAUGUUUGGAGCUUACCCUAUUUUUGCAACUUUUUAAACAAAGACUAAAGAAUUACUUUGUCCAAAAUGGUAGACUUACGAUUCUUCUAGGGCCUUAUUUUAUAGAAAUAUGUUCCAAUUUAAUUUACAAUUUUAUUUCAUGUUAAUAUUGAAAAGUAUAGAAAUGCUCUCAGCAAAUUGAAUUUAUCAUCGCAUAGGCUUAAUAUCGAAGCUGGGAGAUGGAAUAAUACAGUUAUUGUUGAUAGGACAUGUCCAUCAUGUAACAUUUUAAAAGACGAGUUUCACUUCCCUUCUGAAUGUAACUUGUAUUCCGAAAUUAGGCAAAGGUACCUUCCUAUAUUUUAUUGUAGAAAUCUAAGCAUAUUCAAAAACAUUGAGCUGUUCAUUCCAAAGAAUGUUAAUAUAGUUUUUAACCUCGCUGUAUUUGUAAAUAGAGCUUAUGAAAUAAUAAAACAGUUUACUAUACAGUUAAAGCAUGUAUAUAGAUGGUACUCGAUUGUGUGGAUGUUUUCUGAAAACGUAAUACUUAUUGACAUAUCAAGGUCUAAUUAACAUUUAUUGUCUUAACAAUCAACUUAAUGUAUUCAUUACAAUAAACCAUAUUGUAUUCUUAAACACUAAAUUUCUUUCGUUUCAUGUAUUGACUCGCCGAUCGCCAUGUAUAUAUAUAUAAACACGUUUUAUUUAUUGCCAAUGAUCAAGGAUCAUUUUGAUCUAUUUCAUUGUAUGUUAUUAUGUUGAAUGUUUGAACUGAAAUAAAUAAAUGUAUGUUCUGUUCUGUUCUAUAUGUUCCGUGUUAGAAUGAAAUGUUUAGUAUGCCUGU